UCUUUUUUCAUAGCAUUUUUCUAAAGAGAGAAAUAUCCAAUUGAAGUAGAUAGCAGAUAAUGGCUAUAGCUUCAGCAGCACCAUUAUUGGCCAUGAACGGAGCUCUGAAGAUGGCGACAAAUUCACAACAAUACUUGGAAGGUACCAUUAAAGUCCAGAAUAACUCAAUUCCUAAACCUGAACAACUUAUCGUCAUCUCCUCCUUCAGGGGUGCAGAAGGAAAGGAUGGUGGAAGAGGAUAUGUACAAUUGAAUCAUCGGUAUCAUAAUGCCACAGUUAAACUUAAUCAGUUCGGACUGGACUGGACAACAACAACUCAUGGUCCUAUUCAUAACUGCAAUGGUGCUUUAAGCAGCACUCGAAACGUCAAGAUGUCUGCAAAAGCAGGUGCUCUUGCUUCAAAUGGUGACAUUGAGCCAUUAAGGCGCUGCAUCGUUUUGGAUAUUGAAGGAACCACAACGCCCAUAUCAUUUGUUACAGACGUUCUUUUUCCUUAUGCUCGUGAUAAUGUGGGGAGGCAUUUGGAUGCAACAUAUGAUUCUGCAGAAACUCAGGAGGAUAUUAAGCUACUAAGAGCCCAAGUACAAGAAGACUUGGAAAAUGGUGUUGCCGGUGCUGUGCCUAUCCCCUCUAAUGAUGCUGGGAAGGAGAGGGUAAUUGCGGCUUUGGUAACAAAUGUGGAGGCUAUGAUUAAAGCUGACCGAAAAAUUACUGCCUUAAAGGAGUUACAGGGUCAUAUAUGGCAAACGGGGUUUAAAAAUAACGAGUUAGAGGGAGUUGUAUUUGAUGAUGUGCCCGAAGCUCUUGAGAGAUGGGCUGCCUCAGGCAUCAAGGUGUACAUAUACUCAAGUGGCAGCAGAUUGGCACAAAGGCUUUUGUUUGGUUACACAAACUAUGGGGACCUGAGAAAAUACCUCUGCGGAUUCUUUGAUACAACAGUAGGGAAUAAGAAAGAAACAAAAAGUUACCAUGAAAUUACAGCAUCCUUGGGGGUAGAUCACCCAUCCGAGAUUUUGUUCGUGACUGAUGUCUAUCAAGAAGCUAUAGCUGCAAAACCAGCAGGUUUGGAAGUGAUAAUAUCUGUCAGGCCAGGGAAUGGACCUCUUCCAGAUAAUCAUGGAUUUAGGACAGUCAAGUCCUUUUCAGAAAUCUAAAGAUGGACUAUCUUGCUCCCCAACCCCAACCCCCCCCCCCCACAAAC